UCUUUAUUAAUAAGUGAGAAAUAUCAGUGAAAAAAAAACCAUGUCUUCUGUUGAUACAGUCCUGAUUGCAAAACUCCACACAUUAAUCUUAUCCAUCAUCAUCCCCAUCUUUCUUCUCCUAUCGAACACAGUUGCAGUUCCCAGAUCUUAUUCACCGAACAUACAUUUCCGAUCGUCACAAAUUGAGAAUAAUGAAAUACCCCAUUUUCGGACGCUUAAUAGACGACAAUUGAUCGAUUGCCCUUUUCCUAAUCCAUACCUUGAGAUUACUGUCAAUACUGUUUCACCUCUCCCUGAUGAAAUUUACAUCAAUGUUACCGUUUCCGGCGUUUUGAAAACGUCCCCAAAAUAUUGGGUCGCCAUGGUUUCGCCUUCUCAUUCUAGCGUCAAGUAUUGCCCACUUAAGGAUUUAUUGUACAAGGAAACCGGGGAUUUUAGUGAUCUUCCUCUUCUCUGCCAUUACCCUGUUAAGGCUGCAUACCUGAAAAAUGAUCCAGAGUUCUUACCCUGCAAAAACAAGGAAUGCAAGAAGCGAGGGGUUGAUGGUAAUUGCAUGGUCGAAACUUGCAGUGCCUCACUGACAUUUCAUGUGAUUAACAUACGAACAGACAUCCAGUUCGUGUUGUUUGACAACGGUUUUAAGGCGCCUUGCAUAUUGAAGGGAACUACACCUUUACCUUUUGCUAAUCCUAACAAGCCACUCUACGGACAUAUCUCAAGCGUUAACUCAGCAGCUACCUCGAUGAGAGUAACAUGGGUGAGUGGAAGCAUUGAACCUCAACAAGUAGAGUAUGGUAAUGGAAAAUCAGUAACAUCAACUGUUGGAACAUUCACACAAGAUGAUAUGUGUGGUGACAUUGCUGGGAAAAGUCCAGCAGAGGAUUUCGGAUGGCAUGAUCCAGGUUACAUACAUACAGCCGUUAUAACAGGCCUUCAACCUUCAGCUAAUUUCUCCUAUAAAUAUGGAAGUGGUGCAGCCGGAUGGAGUGAUAAUAUCCAAUUUCGAACACCACCUGCAGGAGGAGCAAAUGACCUCAAGUUUUUAGCAUUUGGUGAUAUGGGAAAGGCUCCUCGAGACUCCACAUUAGAGCAUUAUAUCCAGCCAGGAUCACUCUCAGUGGUGGCUGCCAUGGCAGAAGAAGUUGCUACAGGCAAAGUGGACUCCAUAUUUCACAUAGGUGACAUCAGUUAUGCAACAGGUUUCUUAGUUGAAUGGGACUACUUUCUUCACCUUAUCACACCUUUGGCAUCUCGAGUUUCUUACAUGACCGCCAUUGGGAACCAUGAAAGGGAUUAUGUUAAUUCAGGAUCAGUAUACAUAACACCAGACUCAGGUGGAGAAUGUGGUGUUCCUUAUGAGAGUUACUUCCAAAUGCCAACCUCAUUAAAGGAUAAACCUUGGUAUUCCAUUGAACAAGGUCCUGUUCACUUCACUGUCAUCUCAACUGAGAAUAACUGGAGGCCAGGUUCCGAACAGUACAACUGGAUGAAAUCAGACAUGGCUUCAGUUGACAGGAGAAGAACUCCUUGGCUUGUAUUUACUGGGCACAGGCCAAUGUACAGUUCAGCUAAAUCGGCUCUACCCAGCGUCGAUCUAUCAUUUGUGAAAUAUAUUGAACCACUACUAGUUCAAAACAUGGUUGAUUUGGUGUUGUUUGGUCAUGUUCACAACUAUGAGAGAACUUGUGCAAUUUAUCGAGGCAAAUGCAUGAGCAAGCCAUUGAAAGAUGAGAAUGGAAUCGACACUUUUGAUAACUCUAAAUAUAAAGCUCCAGUUCAAGCUGUUAUUGGGAUGGCAGGGUUCAGUUUGGAUGAGUUCUCAAAUUUUGCGCCGGAUUGGAGUUUACAAAGGAUCAAUAAGUUUGGAUUUGCAAGAAUACAUGUAACAAGGAAAGAAUUGAAACUCGAGUUUGUGAACUCAAAUACAAGACAAGUUGAGGAUUCAUUUCGAAUCAUAAAGUAGAGUUGAUCAAGAAAGGACAAUGUUUCCGAUUCUGGUUUUAUUUUGAAUCAUAAGGAACUAACUGAAGUAGAGCCGAUCAAGCAAGGACAAUUCACUUCUUGUUUCAUUUCGAAUCAGAAAGUACAGUAAAUCAAGAGUUUCUGCUUCUUGUUUCAAUCCGAAACAAUUCCAGUGUUUCAAAGCACAGAUCCUUCAAUACUACAUUUACAUGAUUCUUGGGGUUUUGAAGAAAUUAUAUAUGGCACUUUGCCAUGAAAAGAGAAGAACGUACAUCAUAUACGAAUACUCCGUACAUGUAAUAGCAUAAGGAUGAUCACAUUACUAAAAUUUCCGUACUUUUUUUGAUAAAUAGUAUAUGAAUUCAGUGUAUACAGUUGAGAAUCGUGAGAUUGAAAGUUACAUUAUUAGAAUUUUCUCCAA